GCCGAGGGCGUCGACGUCUCGGCCCCCAUUGGCUGGCGGUUUAAAGAGACAGACGCCCGCUGCUAUGUGAUUGGUUUGCGCCUUUUGCGCACGGAUUUCAAAUGGACGCCACAACUGGCUCGUUCCAGCCGCAGAGCUUUUACGUCGCGCAGCGCGGGUAGUCGGCUGAGAGUUCGCUCGCGCCAAACGGGAGGGAAACAAGAGUCCGCCUUCGGAUUACGAGAGGAACGAAACGUAAGAAUCCCUCAGCGCUGCACGGUGUGCAUGUUGACCUCCAGGACCGGCGUGAUGAAAUGUCCACGCUACGAGGCCGCCAUGGCCCGCGGUGUGGAGAGAAGCCCUGCUGCAGAGUCCAGGGUGUCACACCCUAAAGCGUCCCCGCUGAAGGAGCCCCCCCCCAUCAAACCCGCGUGCCCCCCCGUCGUGUUCUCCGGCGCGGUCCACAAUAAGGAGAACAGCACCGGCAGGGAGCACGACAGGACUCUGGACGACGGGUUUGAGGACAGCGGCUACCUGUCUCUACACAACAGUCACAUCGAGGACGACCCCCUCCACGGGAAACCGGCUGCACACCAAGAGAGGACGUCCCCCUCCAAAUGUCCAGGGAGGACAGACUCCACCCGGGUCCAGGUGUCCCUGGAAGCGGACCGCCACAGGAGGAGGACUUCGUCCAACAACCGGCACCCGGACCCCAACCUGCCCAUCGUGGCGUUUCAGCGGGCGGUGUGUGAGGAGUUAGCCAAGAGCUUCCAGAAGAACAAGAGGUACGACUGGAGCAUCGUUUCCAAGGUAGCAGAGCACCACCUCCUGGACCGGGUGAUCGGGGGCAAGAUGGGCCGCGAGCACGUGGACGUGUUCUCCUGUCUGCUGUCCAGGAGCAUGAGGAACAUCCUCGUCCACAUCCUGUCCCUGCUGGGAGACCACGACCUCAUCAGCUGUAAGAAGGUGAGUCGUUCCUGGAGGAGGAUCGUCUGUGAUGAUUCAGCAGCUCGGAGACGAUGUCAGAGAGCCGAGCAGGAACGCGGGGAGUCGAGCAGCUCUCCAAGGCGGAGCGGCUGCGGUCUCACCAGAGACGUCUCCGUGUCCCGGGUGGUGCUCUCCUGCAUGCAGACGCUGGCCACCUCAACUACUCCGUCCUCCUCCACCCCGAGCUGCAGGGUCAUCGGGAGGACGGGGGGCACGCCGACCCCCCCCUGUGACCGCUUCAGUGAAUACCAGCAGGCGGCCGGCGCUCUGAAGCAGCACGAGUCUCUGCGUCCGUGCCGGCGUUGCGGCUCGCCGGCCGUUCACUCCUCGGAGGUGCAGCGCGCCACGUGCACGCGGCCCGGCUGCCGCUUCGACUUCUGCACCCGCUGCCGGGAGGCCUUCCACGGCUCCACGCCCUGCAGGGUGGUGCGCCCGCGGCCCCACCUCGCCAACGGCAAGACCCCGGCCCUGGCGGCCGGCGCCACACGCAGCCGGAGGACCGUCCGGAGGUUGUGACGGGACGUCCCGGAGCUCCUGUCCCGCGCUCGCCGUGGAGACGAGAGGCGCUCAAGAGAAGAACACUGCUUUAAAAUAUGGACAAUUUUACUAUGUUUUAAAAUGAAAUGGAUGUAAAUAUAUUGGACUUUUAAGAAGUUUUAUGUUUCUUUUUUAAAUAAAUGGUCUUUAAAUGUUAACCUGUAAAUAAAUGUUUCAUAAAGCU